AUGCCUUUUAAACCAUCAGAACAUCAAGCUGCUGGCCAUGCUGGAUGUUUGACAGAUGACGAAAAUGGACUCUUUGUCAAGAUUACAAAUCAGCAAGAAAUUGACUUUUAUAAUUCUAUUUAUAGGGAAGAUCAAGAAGCUUUGACAAAAGGAAUUGAAGCACCAGAAGGUUCAAAAUUGGUCGAUUGGAUACCUCGCUUUUAUGGGACCUUGAACGAUGGUGAUCAAUUAAGUGCUAUUUCAGGUACAUCACCUACUCCACUUCCAAAUGGCAAAAGUUAUAUAGUAUUAGAGAAUCUUUACUCUGGGUAUUCAAAGCCAAGUAUUAUUGAUAUAAAAUUAGGAAAAGUUUUAACUGAUGAUAGUGCUGACUCCGAGAAACAAGAGAGAUUGCGUAAAGUAAGUGAAUCUACAACCAGUGGAUCACAUCAUUUUCGGAUUUGCGGCAUGAAAUUAUACAACAAAUCGCUGACUGAUCUCCCCAAAGAAUUACCUCAUUUACAUGAAACCAUUAUUGUCCGUCAAAAUGAUCUCAAUGACGAUGUUUACUUGGAAUACGAUAAAUUUUUUGGUAGGAAACUCAAUGGUGAUAAUGUUAAAGACGGCAUCAAAUUAUUCUUGAGUAAUGCUUUACCUCCUGAAUUAUAUGCCAUGAUGGUCGAAGUGUACUGGAAGAGAUUACAACUUUUGUACAAUUGCUUAUUAGACCAUGAAGUUCGUAUUAUUGCUGGAUCCUUGUUAUUUAUAUUGGAAAACGAUCUAGCCCGGUACCCCCCAAAUUCGAAAGAGUUAGAAGCUCUCAACCCUCUUACCAAACCAGCCUUCACUAAUGAUGAUGAAAGUGAUGACGAUGAUGAAGAUGAAGCGAAAGAAAUGAAUCCGUUAAGUAGCUUAAAUUUUAUUGAUUUGGCCCAUGCAAAGCAUGUUCCUGGGGAAGGAUAUGAUGAAAAUGUCAUUAUAGGUGUUGAGAACUUGGUUAAAAUAUUCUCUGAAUUAAAAACUGAAUUAGAGUAG